UCGCGACCGUCGCGCUGAAUGUUGGUAUGCGUGUUCUCCGCUUACUACGUUUGAAAUAUCGAGUUGGCGGCGUGAGGUUCCUCGAGUACGUGAUUUCGAAAAGUUCAUUUCGAAUUGAUCGUCGGAAAGAUUCGGAAUUAAGCGAGAUUUUUUUUAUUAUUUUGACUCUACGGAUUUUUCAUUUACGUCACGCGAUUCUGACGUAUUUGUGGUUCUCUUUCUGUUUAUUUUGCAAAGUUAUGAAUCAUCGUCAACGGUACUAAACGUAGUGAUGUUUAUGUUGUUCUUGUUUUGUUUUUGGAAAAGAAAUCGAAAAGAAGUGUAAAUAAAAGGGAUCAGAAAAAAGUUAAUCGAGCCGAGUUAAAAGAAAAGAUAUCUUCGAAAUCACAUCCAUGUCACUUCAAAUGUACUCAAAUUCUUCUUCCUUUCAUUACUUAAUCAGGUUUCUAAUUCAUUAAAAUUCCAAUCCCGUUCCAUAUGCAUCUGCCAGUGUCAUUGUCCAACUGUGCCGUACCAGAAGAAACCUGGACGAAAUCACCAAUGAUGUGCGAACCAGGCAGUGGUUACGCAACCCAAGAACUUUGGUGGACCGAGCGAUUGAUUCAAGAGAAGCAAACGGAAUUUCCGGGCGAAUUAGUGCGGACCGGAAGUCCGUUUUUCUUAUGUUCCGCUUUACCCAGUCAUUGGAGGUCGAACAAAACUCUUCCGGUCGCCUUUAAAGUGGUCGCAUUGGGCGAUAUCGGUGACGGGACGCAAGUGACAGUGAGGGCGGGAAACGAUGAAAAUUGUUGUGCUGAAUUAAGGAACUGUACGGCUUACAUGAAGAACCAAGUUGCUAAAUUUAACGACUUAAGAUUCGUUGGGAGAAGUGGAAGAGGAAAAUCGUUUUCAAUUACCAUAACAGUCUCUACGGAUCCCCCUCAAGUUGCAACCUACAAUAAAGCCAUCAAAGUUACGGUGGAUGGUCCGCGAGAACCUCGCUCUAAGUCAAAUCCUCAACAUACGUACAGAGCGAUAGGAUUAGGUCAAAGACCGUACAUAGAUUCGUCGUUUCCACAACACGUUAGAGAAUUGGAUUCUUAUCGAAGAAAAGUUCCGAGUUGUCAGAGUAACGAGAUUUCGCAAAGUUAUAAAACUGAAUCUCAAGAUACGACGGCUGUCACACCUUCUCCAACGACGCAUUAUCAUCAAUCAUCUUGGGAAAGUACCCCUUAUACUCCAUACACCCCGCCUCAACCCCCGAGUUACUACGAACCUCAACAGGAAUAUUCGACGACGUCAGCGUCGCUACAUUUGCCAGCAGUAUUAGAUCCAGCCCAUAACGAGUACAUAAGCACCCCAUUAACAUCUUCUCAAAUCUUCAACAGUGCCAAAGCGGAUUUAGAUCCAAUGGUCGGAACGGUUUCGCGUUACUCGGACGCUGCUUAUCACCCAAAUAGUUGGAGUACGAACGCGACGUAUCCAGCCAAUUACAACUAUUACAACUCGGCGAACAACAACCAACAGUACUUGAACAGUGGUAGCACAACAAUGGUCCUGUAUCCGCAUGUUUACUCAACGGUCAAUCAAAACCAAAUUCACCUCCACCUACAUGGUAACGCUGACAAAAUAGAUCAGUAUCUUAAUUUUAACGAUUCGUUAUCUUUGACGCCAGUACGAGGGAAUCUCGAAGCGAAUCAAUCGGGUAAUAACAGUGUUGAAGAGGUCAACCAAGCUCACUCGCAAAUCGAAGAAAGCGACCGGAGUCAAGAACAAGUUACUGACCCAUCAGGAGUUUGGAGACCUUAUUAAUUCAUUUUUAUUUCAAUUUAAACCCUUUUUGUUUUAAAAACGUGCGUGGACGCUAAAAAUUAAAAAAGAUGUGUGUGAUUAAGUCGAAACCAAAAUGUAUUUUUGUACGAGAAAAGAAUUUGUUUAAAAAAUUGUUUUAAUUUUUUUUUUUGUGGUUUAUCUUAUAACUUAGCAACUAAGAAUGUAUUUUUCUACUUCUCAUGAUGAACCUUCCAAGAAUUCGAUUCAUUAUUAAAAAUUAUCUUGCAUAAAUUAA